AUGUUACUCGGAAUUGUUGAGUUCAUCAUCUUGGCGUGUGGUCUGAUCACGACAUUCUUCCCCGACGAAGUAGACGACUCACUAGACUCCUCGACGCCGACCGGAAGAUUCUCUUCAGACCUGGGACGAUGGCCGACAGACUUCUCGGCCGACAUUCAACCAGUUGCCUGUGCCUCUCAUAAUGAUUACUGGCGAAAAGAACCACUCUUCUCCGCCUUGAGAGCUGGCUGUACGGGGGUUGAAGCCGACGUCUGGCUCUUUGACCAAGACCUAUUCGUUGGACAUUCCACACAGUCAUUGACCCCAGAAAGAACCCUCCGCUCACUCUACCUUGAUCCAAUUUUCAAAAUCCUUGGUUCACAGAAUUCAAUCUCAGCUUUCCAUCCUUCGAGCGACAUUCAACCCAGCGGGGUGUUUGAUACAAAGCCAUCACAAACACUGGUCUUACUCAUCGAUUUCAAAAACGAUGGCGAUGCCAUUUGGCCAUAUGUCUCGGAUCAGCUCCAGCCAUUCCGGGAAAAGAACUAUCUCACCUAUUUCAAUGGAAGCAGUGUAAUCGAGGGCCCUAUCACGGUCGUCGUGACGGGAAAUGCCCCAUUCAGCUCGGUGGUGGCAAAUCCACACUAUCGAGAUAUGUUUUUUGACGCCCCAUUAGCUUUGAUGGACAAAGUCGCAGAGUCUGCCAUUCCAGUCGGAGCAUCUGUGCCGAAUGGUAAUCCAGCAGAUGCGGUGCGAUCCACCAUCCCGAGUACUCGAUCUGAUGGUGAUCAAGGUCAAGGGCAGUCGGGCUCAGCUCCAACAAACCCCUCAAUUUAUUCACCUGCAAACUCUUACUACGCAUCCGUAGAUUUUAGAGCAUCCAUUGGAUUUCCUUGGCGAGGACAUCUCUCAUCUCAACAAAAGGAAAAAAUCCGGAUGCAGAUCGCGGGUGCUCAUGCACGCGGCUUGAAAGUCCGAUAUUGGAAUGUCCCGAGUUGGCCUAAGGGGCUGAGAUUUUAUAUCUGGCGAGUUCUGGUCCGCGAGGGAGUCGACUACUUGAAUGUCGAUGAUCUACACUCGGCCACAAAGGGUAAUUGGGGCUGGGGUAGAAAAGGCCCGUGGUGGAGCGGACCUUGGAGGUUCCGACCCUCUACAACCUCUUAG